UCCUUUGCCGUUGGUUCACCCUCCAAUGGCCGCCUCGGCUGGCGCGCUGCAGCCGGCGCGCCGCGCUGAUCCAAUGGCAGGAGCCAGGUCCUUCUCCUGGUCUCCUAUGGGGUGCAGGGCCCAAUUACUUGGGCCAUCCUCCACUGCACUCCCGGGCCACAGCAGAGAGCUGGCCUGGAAGAGGGGCAACCGGGACAGAAUCCAGCGCCCCGACCGGGACUAGAACCCGGAGUGCCGGCACCGCAGGUGGAGGAUUAGCCUAUUGAGCCGUGGCACUGGCCUCCUUCUCUCUCUCUCUAAUUCUGACUUUUCAAAUAAAUAAAUAAAUCUUAAAACAACAACAACAACAACAACAAAAAACAAAGGCAGAGCUACAGAGAGAGAGGAAAAGAGGGAGAGACAGAGAUUGUCCAUCCUCUGGUUCACUCUAUAAAAGGCUACAAUGGCCAGAGCUAUGCCCAUCUGAAGCCAAGAGCUUCUUCCAGGGCUCCCACAUGGGCGCAGCGACCCAAGCACGUGGGCCAUCUGCUGCUCUCCAAAUUGCAUUAGCAGGGAGCUGGAUCAGAAGUAGAAUAGCCAGGACAUGAACUGGUACCCAUAUAGGCAGCUGGCACCUCAGGUGGUGGCUUUAUCUGCUACCACAUUACCCACCCCAUACAAUUUUUUUAAAUGUUAACAAAAAUAAAAAUUGUUGAAAUAUAUUAUCAGAGGGAAUAAAAGUAAAUUAUUGAAUAUGUGUAAAAGUCAUCUGUCUGGUACAGCUUGGUCUACUUCUUCCACACGUGCUGCGUCAUCAGCUUUGGGGGCAGCACUUCUUCAGUUACAGCAGCGUUAGUAUCAUCAGUAGUUUGCUCCUGUAGAUCCUGUUAGCAGGUGUCUGAAGAUCUUCCAGACUGAAGCCAAAGAAGGGAAUGCAAUUUCAUAAAGCAAGAUAAUCAGAUCCUUCACAGCCUCUGCCUUUUGUCUUAAGGUCUCAAUAAUGGGAUGGUCAGGCUGUAUCUCCAGGAGUUUCUUUGCUGCUAUGUAACUCAUCAUUGAGUUGUCUCAUAAGGCCUGAGCUUUCAUGAUCCUUUCCAAGUUGUAUGCGCAUGUCACAAUACAGCAUUGGACAUGUCACCAAUCUGUUUUUUCUUUUCUUUUCUUUUCUUUUCUUUUCUUUUCUUUUCUUUUCUUUUCUUUUCUUUUCUUUUCUUUUUCCUUCCUUCCUUCCUUCCUUCCUUCCUUCCUUCCUUCCUUCCUUCCUUCCUUCCUUCCUUCCGACAGGCAGAGUGGACAGUGAGAGAGAGAGAGAGCGCGGUCUUCCUUUUGCCGUUGGUUCACCCUCCAAUGGCCGCCAUGGCCGGCGUGCUGCGCUGAUCCAAUGGCAGGAGCCAGGUACUUCUCCUGGUCUCCCAUGGGAUGCAGGGCCCAAGGACUUGGGCCAUCCUCCACUGCACUCCCUGGCCGCAACAGAGAGCUGGCCUGGAAGAGGGGCAACCGGGACAGAAUCCUGUGCCCCGACCGGGACUAGAACCCGGUGUGCCGGUGCCACAAGGCGGAGGAUUAGCCUAGUGAGCUGCGGCGCCGGCCUACCAAUCUGUUUUAUUUAUUGAGUACAAAUUUCAUAAGUACAACUUUAGGAAUAUAGUGAUCAGGCUUAAAUCUUUUUUUAAAAAAAGUAGGACAGCACGCCUAUCUCAGUGUCAAAACCCAGACUGUUGAGGGAGGCGUUUGCUACAAGUCAAGUCCCUGAUUGGAACCCCAGUGUUCCAGUAUCUGAACGCCUCAUUCAAGUCUCACUUCCUCUGUUUCCAGUUGAGCUUCUUGCUAAUGCAAAUCAUAGGAGACCACAGAUGAUGGUUCAAGUACUUGGGAGACUUGGAUUGAGUUCUGGGCUCUUGGUUUCUGCCUUGCUUAUUCCUGGCUCUUGCAGGCUUUUGGGAAGUGAGCCAGUGAUCUCUCUUCUGUCUGCCUCUCUGCCUUUCAAAUAAAGAAAAAAUAAAGAAAAAAUUUAAAAGCCUCCCAGACUGUCUGCAGAAGUAAAGGACAAGUGUGUACAAGAACUCAUAUUCUCUGAAAUUGGGUCUAGUUUACACAACUACAUGACUACUAGUGUUAAACCUCAGUCCUAGGUUUCAUGAGGAACUUUAUUAGGUUGGAGUUUGUUGAUUUAAAAGUUUCAUCCUAUUUUUAGAUUUUUCUUUCUAAACUGAGAACAGGGAUCCUGUCUUCUAUUGUACAUUUCACAGGGUCUAAUAUGGCAUCCUGCCAGUUGGAUCACAAAUGUUGUCUCUACCAUGAGAUUUUUGGGAUGUUCCAGUUUCUCCCUAAAUUAUUAAGGUACUUGAAAAUAUUUGUGGGAAGUGGAGUUAAAAGACAUUUAUUCUGUUACAAAAUUUUUUUCAAAUGCAGGCAUACAAAGGAUCUUCAGUAUGGUCAUGAAAAAUACCCAUUAUGAAAAGACUAUGUUUAAAAAUGUUUUUUACACUGAAAUAAACAACAUUUCAUUCUGUUUCUCCACAAACUUUAUGAAGCACUCUCAUACUUGCACUCCAGAGCACACACACAGGUGCAUACGCACAAUCUUUCACCUUCUCACUUUCAGCAGGUUGUGGGCAAAGAAACAGAUGAUAAUUCUAGCAGCCAUGCCUUUCUUAUUUUGUUCAAGGAAUUUAGAGUUGUUUCUACAGCUCUGACUCCUCAAACUAUCUUAAGUCUAGAAGAAACCCAGUAAUGAGAAUAUGUCUUACUUUAACACUUACUGAAUUAUAUUUACAUAUAUUAGCCUGAUGGGAAGAAGUUGAAAAAAUUCCAAAGCUGGGUAAAGCCAAUUCAGCAUUAAAAUUUUGCUGGCAGAUCAUUGAAAUUGGGCCAUACUGUUUAAUCAAAAGCUCUUUCAUUUUUCUAGAUGUCUGGUAAGAAUAUAUUCAAAAUGGAAAUUAGCAUGAUUCUAAGGUGUACAUUUUAGUAUAUCUCUGAGGUCAGGAUGUGUCUAAUAAUUAAUGGCAUGGCAUGGUUUAAUCAGAGGUGUUUAUUCUGUCUUGAUUUUGUAAAAUAUUAGGGACCUUAGAAGUGAUGAUUUUUUUUGAAAACGAUUUAUUUAUUUAUUUAUUUAUUUGAAAGAGUGCUGGACUGGAAGAGGAGCAACCAGGACAAAGAGGUAGAGAGAGAGGAAAGACAAGGUCUUCAUCUGCUGGUUUACUUCCCAGACAGCCAGGCUGUACCCAGGAGCGUCUUCCAGAUCUGCUUGGUGCAGGAGCUCAAAUACUUAGGUCAUCUGCUGCUGCUUUCCCAGGUGCAUUAGCAGUAAGUGGAUCAAAGAGGAGCAUCUGGGGCUUGAACUGGCACCCGCCUGGGAUGUGGAAGCUGAUGGCAGAGGCUUAAAAUUCUGCACCACAGCACCAACCCCAAGUGAUGGCAUCUUAAAUUCCAUGAAUUAUAGUAGUUCCACAGAAUAUCAUUGAGUCACAUUAUUCCAUGUGCAAAGCAAACAUGUGAAACAAGGACUUCAGUGAAUGUCUCAGUACAGGGUGGGAGAUAAACUGUGUGUCAAAGAGUAUUCCCCGAAACAUCUGUCUCUAGUGGAGAAGAUGUCAGGGUUACUCAUUUACCAACUGAUGAGGUGAGGUUCCCUGUUGUAUACAGCCAUGAUAUCAUGUUCCCACAUAGUGCAUUUUACAGCUUUGAAAAAUAACCUGAUUUCUGUAUCUGCCAGUAGACUGUGUCCUCUGUGAAUCUGGUAGUUGUGUCUGGUGUUCCUCCUCGUGUCCCCAACUCCCAACACAGUUUCCAAACUAUUACUUUGGCAACAUGUAGGUAUUCAAUAAAGCGUUCUUUAAGAACAUUUCUUUUUGUGUAUGUGUGUGGGGGGGGCAUAUAUACAACACACACACACACACGUGAUAGUAGGGUAGUAGGUUGAAUGGUGGCUUCCUGAAAGAUAUGGCCAUGUCCAGAUUUCUGAAAUUUGUGAAUGUUGCUUUAUUUGGAAAAGAUCUUUGCUGAUGUAAUUAACAAUCUUCAGAUGAGGUCAUCCUAAAUUACCUGGGCUCUAAAACCAUGGCAUAUAUCCUUAUAAGAGAAAGAGGGAGAUUAGAGAUAGAAAAGGAGGAGACGGAGUGACCAUAGAGGCAGAAAUUGGAGUGGUGCAGCUUCAAGCCACUGGAGCCAUUAGAAACCAGAGGAGGCAGGGAAAAGAGUCUGUCGUAGAGCUUUUAAAGGAACACUGGCCUGGCCAGCACCUUGACUUUGGACCUUUGGCCUCCAGAACUUUGAGAGAAUAAAUUUCUAUUGUCUUAAGCAACGCAGUUUGUGAUAAUUUAUUACAGCAGCCACAGGAAAUUAUUGCAUGUACAUACACAAGCACACAUGUGUAAACACACAUGUAUUGAAGUUUUACUAGCCUAUUUUUAAGUUAACUGCCAGAUUUUUUUUUUAAAUAAAAGUUAUAAGUAUAAAAUCUCCUUUGGAUUUUAAAAAUAAGUUUUCUCUAACAUCUUUCUGUAGGCUAAUGGAAGGGUGAGAGUAUGGGAUGUGAUUUUCACCAUGCUAUUCAUUUAAAAACUGUGGAUCCAUAUGUCUGUCUUCCAAGUGCUUGGGACUCAAAGAUGAUCAAAUGUAGUCUGAUCCUCAGGGACUUCAUUGGCCUAGUGGGAGAAUGCAUAGAAGGGCUGCGGGAAAACGACUACCUUCUGAUUCAUUCGUGCCGUCAGUGGACCACCAUCACUGCCCAUAGCCUGGAGGAGGGACACUAUGUCAUUGGGCCAAAGAUAGAGAUUCCAGUACAUUAUGCAGGCCAUACCAGGGAGGUGAUUCAGAAGAGGAACAGCCGGGACACGAACAAAUACCCAUAUGGGAUGCUGGCACCACAGCGGAGACUUAGCCCAUUAUGCCAUAGUGCCAGACCCAUUAAUUUUUAUAAUGGACUUUCUUUGACUUUCCAGGGCAAUUCAAGCUGCUGGAGCAAGACCGAGAUAUAAAGGAGCCAGUGCAAUAUUUCAACAGUGUGGAGGAGGUGGCUAAAGCAUUUCCUGAACGCGUGUACGUCAUGGAGGAAAUAACAUUCAACGUGAAGGUUGCUUCCGGUGAAUGCAAUGAGGACACCGAAGUUUACAACAUCACCCUGUGUACUGGGGAUGAGCUCACUCUCAUGGGGCAGGCAGAAAUCCUUUAUGCAAAGACUUUCAAGGAAAAGUCACGACUCAACACAAUCUUCAAAAAGAUUGGGAAGCUCAACUCCAUCAGCAAGCUGGGAAAAGGCAAAAUGCCGUGCCUCAUUUGCAUGAACCACCGGACCAACGAAAGCAUCAGCCUCCCCUUCCAGUGCAAAGGCAGAUUCAGCACCCGAAGUCCUCUGGAGCUUCAGAUGCAGGAGGGCGAGCACACCAUCCGGAACAUCGUGGAGAAAACCAGGCUUCCCGUGAACGUGACUGUGCCAAGCCCUCCGCCCAGGAACCCCUACGACCUCCACUUCAUCCGCGAGGGGCACCGCUACAAGUUUGUGAAUAUCCAGACCAAGACGGUGGUGGUUUGCUGUGUGCUACGGAACAACAAGAUCCUCCCCAUGCACUUCCCUUUACACUUGACCGUUCCCAAGUUCAGCCUCCCAGAACACAUGGUGAAGGGGGAGGUGUGGCCCGAAACCCUGAUCCAUCACUGGCUGGGUAUCUGCCAAGAGCAGUUUGACAUCGACGAGUAUUCACGGGCUGUCCGUGAUGUGAAAACGGACUGGAAUGAGGACUGCAAGAGCCCCAAGAAGGGCCGGUGCUCUGGCCACAACCAUGUGCCCAAUUCCCUUAGCUAUGCCCGCGAUGAGCUCACCCAGUCCUUCCACCGGCUUUCCGUCUGUGUGUAUGGCAACAAUCUCCAUGGCAACAGCGAGGUCAACCUCCACGGCUGCAGGGACCUGGGGGGAGAGUGGGCCCCCUUUCCUCAUGACAUCCUGCCCUAUCAGGACUCUGGUGAUAGUGGGAGCGACUACCUUUUCCCAGAAGCUAACGAAGACUCAACGGGCGUCCCAGGCAAGUCAGAACUUCCUUACGAAGAGCUGUGGCUGGAGGAAGGCAAGCCCAGCCAGCAGCCUCUCACCCGCUCCCUGAGUGAGAAGAGCAGAUGUGAGCAGUUUCGAGGCUCCGGCCGGUCCAAAUGUGCAACCUCUCCUCUUCCUGUCCCUGGGACUCUGGGAGCCGCAGUGAAGUCUUCAGAUAUUGCCCUACCUCCACCUCCAGUGCCUCCCAAAUCUGAAGCCGUCAGGGAAGAAUGCCGGCUCCUGAACGCCCCACCUGUUCCGCCCCGAAGUGCAAAGCCUUUGUCCACGAGCCCCUCCGUCCCUCCUCGCACGGUCAAGCCAGCGCGGCCGCAGACUCGCUCUCCCAGCCCCACUUUGUCCUACUACUCUUCGGGGCUGCACAACAUCAGCGUUACUAAAAGUGACACAAGUCCUUCUGAAAGUGCUCCCGUUUCCUGUUAUCCAUGCAGCCGAGGGAAAACAGAUUCUGUGGACCUCAAGUCCCCGUUCGGAAGUCCUUCUGCGGAACCGUUGUCCUCCAGGCUCUCGUGGCCUAACCACUAUUCGGGAGCAUCCGAGAGCCAGACCCGGAGCGACUUCCUGCUGGAUCCGAGCAGGAGUUACAGUUACCCUCGACAGAAGACGCCAGGCACACCAAAGAGAAACUGCCCAGCACCCUUUGACUUCGACGGCUGUGAGCCCCUGAGCAGCCCUCCUGGCUCGGUCACGGCAGAAUUCAGUAGCAGCGUCUCCGGUUGUCCCAAGUCAGCCAGCUACUCCCUGGAGAGCACGGAUGAGGGCACUGUCCCGGCUGGCAUGACAAAGCAGAGCGUCUCGUGCCCUGCGUUGCCCCCCAGGGCUCCAAAACCAGUGGAAGAGAAAGCAGCCUCGGAAACAUCUCCUCUGCCUCUGAAAAUCGAUGGUGCUGAGGAAGACCCCGAGCUGGGGUCGCCAGACCUCUCUGAGGACCAGUAUUUUGUUAAAAAGGGCGUGCAGGACAUCUUCUCCGUCUCCUACCCUUUCUCGUCUCCGCUGCACCUCCAGCUGGCCCCCAGGUCCUGUGGGGACGGCUCCCCAUGGCAGCCACCUGCCGAUCUGUCGGGACUCUCUGUAGAAGAAGUGUCCAAGUCCCUAAGGUUUAUUGGUUUGUCUGAAGACGUCAUAUCAUUCUUCGUUACCGAAAAGAUUGAUGGGAAUUUGCUUGUUCAACUAACAGAAGAGAUCCUCUCAGAGGAUUUCAAACUGAGCAAACUGCAGGUGAAGAAGAUAAUGCAGUUCAUUAAUGGCUGGAGGCCCAAAAUAUAGCCAAAUACCCCCCAGCUAGCCCAGAGCAGAACUGCUCGCUGCACGUGCUGCCAGGGCUGAGCUGGGCACAGUUUCAUGUUUUUGCACUACAAACCUUCUCUGUAAAUAAGGAUGAGAGAAACUUACUAUGCAGAUUACAUUUUUGAAUGGUGAGCAGGCUAUUUUGUACAUCAAUAAAAAUGCUGUACAGAACACUUAGAGGUGUGCCUUGUACGUCACUCAACACUCAGCAGCUGCUAGAAGGAGAAAAAGGCGUGUUCAGAGAAAUCACUGUUCCCCAAGUAGGUUUAUGUGAGAAGGUAUGAUAUUUAUCACAAAAUAGCCAAAGCUGAAAGACAUGAAAAUCUUUAAAAAAAAAAAAAAACAAAAAAAAACACUUCUGAACAACAAUUCCCUUUCUUGGAGGGAGUUGACUUUAGACAAUUAACUGUAUAUUCUGUGUUCUGUCAUUUGGAUUGCUUAAUGCUAGUUGUUUUACUCUUGUGCCUGAAAAUGUUCGCAAUAUGAAAUGACACUUUAAUGUUACAUGCUUGGUGGGGAUCUUUUUACCAAAUGGCAUUUUGGCAAAAGUCUUGUGUUGAUAGAGGAUAUAUCAACUCGUUUCUAAGGAUGUCCUUAGAAAUACAAGUCAGUCAUGACCACAGUGAUUUAUCUGUAACCAUUGCUGUAUUAGGCAGAGAAGAAACAAAAUAUGCGUGUAUGUCUGUAUCUACAAGUAUAGGUACACAAUAUACACAUGUAUGUAAACUGAAUUUUGAAUCUGAUAUUUUUAGAUAACAUGCGUUCACUUUCAUUUAUCCAUUGAGGUAGGGGACCAUUGGCUAAGUCGAUUCUCUUAGGAAUAGUGGACAGGAUGAUUCAAAGAUUCUCAGAAUCCAGUCACAUGAAAACUUUCCUCUCAUCAUGGAAAACUUGCAACAAAUCAGGGAAGGGUCUGUACUGAAGAAUAAGUCUGUCAGCCCAUUGUCUGGCUGGGUUUUUUGCAUAUCUACUUCCAUGCUAAUGUCCGGGGAAAUGACAGUUUCUGGUGAAUGAAAAUUCUCAAGUUGAAGGGUCUUCGCCCUCUGUCUGAUGGUGAAAGCACUGAGUACGUCAGGUAUCCUCAGCAUGCUUCAUGCUCUAGGAAGACUCAGAAAUCGGAUGUACCAUCGUUUACCGCUGUGUGUGCUGCAUAUGUGGAAUACUCUUAAACAUACAAAUAAGAGUGUUUAUUUUAUAAACCUUGUCUUUCCUCUCUUCCAAAGAAAACACAUUAUGAUUAGCAUUCCGAGAAUCCCAGGACAUUGAUCUGAGAAUUUUUUUGCUAAAUGUGAUCAAAUAGUCUAAAAUAUCGUGGUAUCAUCAGCAUUCCUGACUCCCUUAAGGGAUAUAAAUCUUAGAAGAGUUUUAGUUCUCUGAGCAAGCUGUCGUCCAGACAGCCCUACCUCCUGUGAAAAGUCUGUCCCUGGAUUCUGGACGUACAGACCUGUGACCAAGGUGCAAACUGUAGCCUUUUGGAUGAGAUCAAUAAGCCAACAAGGUGUUAGCAUCACAUGCAAGAUUGGGUCAUAUUGUAUUAUCUCCUCUUCCUGCUCACCAGUCUAGUUUUGUUAGACCUGUGGACUAUGUCUCUUAAUUCUUGGCACUAGAAAGAUAUUUUUUAAUCCAUCUACUGGCUUAGAGUGCAAGCAAAUUGAUACCUAUUCUAAUUUUCCAUCUUAGAUCUCCUUUUCUUAAAAAAAUGUUUAUUUUCUUCUAAUAUGUCUCCCAAAAUGUAGAGGUUUUGCUCAAGGUAAAAAUAGUACCCUGUAAAACUGUCAAACAGGAGCACCUCCUAAGUAACUGACAGAUCUAUGAAGAGGUUUCCAGUACUGCACGCCACACAACAGGGGACCAAUCAGACCUUCAUGUUUUCAAAAGCAUCCCUCCGUGAGAGGGAAAGAGGUAACCUCUCAGGACUUCCCUUUAAAAUGAAAACAGAUAAGAUACAGUUGAAAAGCUUUGCAUUUUUGUUGGCUGAAUGCAUUCUAAAACACUUGGACAUGAUUCUAAUACUCGGGAGGAAGAAAAUGAGUUGGUAUGGGAUUCCCAGGCUGGUUACCCACUAUAAUCAGCUGACUCCUUUCAUCUUUUCUCCUUUGCAAAGACUUUACACAAACAACAGUGGUUUUCUUUCUGUCCAUUUGUUGUAGUCCUGGCAUAUUUAUGCCAAGUUGGCAUUGAUUGACAAUUCAGAGACUCUUUGAAGGCAAGGAUCGUGGUCUUUGAUUCACUUGUGCAACAAACAUUGGUUGAGCACCUUUUGUGUGCCAGAUACUCCCCUGGUAUCACAUGGCAAUUCUGAAAACAAGACCCAGCCCCUUUCCUCUCCGAGCUUAUAUUGUUUAUAUUUAAAAAUCACAGUUGCUGAGACUGUGUGUGUGGGGGUAAGACAGGCAUGAAAUCCUCUGGGCAGCUGGAGGUAUGGAGACUUAAGUGUGUGCUGUCUUUAAAGAGCCCGCAGUUGGAAGAAAUGGCAGCCUCUGUUACGGGCUACAAAAUAAAAACCCCAAGACCAAGGCCAUUAAAACUUGGAAUCUGUUGGAGACAGAAGGUACCUGUGUCUCUCAUUAUUGUUUUUCUGACUUGGAAUUUGUCUAAUUGUAAUAAAUACCUUCUGGCAUCUCCCAAGGUGCACAUCAGUGUAAUCGCCACUGCUGAGCUGGGCUCCUGUCUGAGGAAGACCUUGACUAGACAAAGGCAUUCAGAGCCCCGAGGGAAUCAUGACAAGACGUGCAGCAGUUCUUGGUUCUUCCCUUCUGAGAGCUGUGAUUUUGCGGUGAAAAGCGAUGUGCAGAGAUCCCCACAAGCAGAGCCUUUGCUAACCAACCAGGUCAAGCUGACUGCACCUCCUUCUGGCAAUUUCCCUGCCAUUGGAACAGUGACCACGGUGCUUGGGGGCAGUGUCUGUCUAAACAGGACCUUUUGGGUGUCCAUAAAAUCAUGGCUAAAAUCAUCAUAUCCCCAUAAGAAAAGAAAAUCAGCAAUAAACCAAGCCAAGCAGCUAAAAUGCAAAAUGUGGACCUGACUUGCUGGGAGGGAGAAGUCAAACAAUCAGAUCAGUUCCGUCUCAGACUCUUGUAAACACCUCCAAGUUCUCUCUUCUGUAAGUUGAGCCGCUCAGCUUUAUGAACUGUGAAAUGUACACUUAUACUCUUUCUACCCACAUAGACUGUUCCAAGUUUAUGAAGUCGAAUGAACUUCCCAUUCAGCUAAGUGGCGAUGUUUAUUCUUGUCUCCUAUAGAAAUACAGCAAUCUUGUGGGAUUAUGACAGUCCAUUCCAACUGUUCCCAGACACACACAUGAACAGCUUCCACUCACAUUCCAGAACCACCUGCACAUAAUCCAUACAGCUCCCGGAGAAAUUUAGGGAGUGGGUGUGGAAUAGAAGGUCCUCCAUUUUCCAGAAAUUUUGUAUAAUGUCACUACUCAUCCUGCCUAACUAUGUAUAUGAUUAAUGUUUUGAAUAAAAAACUAGAAAAAAUAAUUCUUGAAGGAACCUAGGAAACCCUUCAGAGCAAAUUUUAAUUUCAAUCUUCUGUGAAACUCUUCUGUUGGAUACACAAGGCUAUCAGAAACAUCAUUCUAUCAAUUUCUACUAUUUUUCUAGUAACCUAAAGGCUGCUAAGGCAAGAGUAAGCAGUUCAGAAUGCAAAUGAUGGGAAGGAGGACUUUCCUCCCUUGGGGUUGUAAUAUUGGGGUUAUAAAAGGAUUCUUAUGGCCUCAUCAUGCUCAAAUCACAUCAUUUAGUCUUCGAAGCUUGGUGUUUUAAAAUAUGUCUCAUUGUGAUAGCCAGAAAUAAGAAGUAAAUGUGAUUUCAGUUAAACUUAUAUAUAAAUAUCUUCUGUAAUUUUGCUGCUCUAAUUUUUAGCCUAUGAAUUUUGUAAUAGAGCUUAUCAAAUUGCGGAUUUCCUUUGUUUACAAUCUCAUGUAGUAGGGCUCAGAUAAUUUCUUAGCUAUGAACCUUUUCUCCCAUUUUCAUAUUAAGUUCCAUUUAAAAUAUUGUUUAAGCCUCAAAAUUGAGCUCAAUUAAGAAUUUGGGGUUUUUUUUUUUUUCCUUAACUCAGAUGAAUCUGGCGUAUUCUUUGAAAGUAUUUUGUAACUGCCUCUCCAGUGACUUUGCUUGGAAAACUUAGAUUGUUAACUACAAGUUAACAGUUGCAUUACUUCCCAGGCAUUAUCUAAUGGGCCCAAUGUGUACCUCAAGAUAAACACAGUAUAUUAUAUCUAAGAAAAUUCGUUGUCUGUUGAUUUAAAUGGUUCUGAAAUGUCUAUAAAUAAAUAAAUGUUCAAAGUU